UAGGAUAAAAGAAUUGUUUAUUUUGACCCUAGGAAGCUCUAUAUAAACUCUCACUUUCCAAAAUUAUAUAUUCCCUUCAAUGCAAACACAAUCACUGUCUCUUCCCUCAUAUCUUUUUUUAGAAUCAAUCAAUAUGAAGUUCAUACUCUUCUUUGCUUUAUCCUUCUUCCUCCAAGGAGCUCUUGGUGAGUUGAUAUGCGAGGAACUACCAGUUGAAAUGUGUGCGCUUUCAAUUGCAUCGGACGGAAAGAGGUGUGUGCUGGAGAGUCGCCCGACUGAAGAAGGAAAUAUUGAAGUGGAGUGCCAGACUUCAGAAGCAUUUGCAAGUAAUAAAAUGUUGCAGGAAUAUAUAGAGACAGAUGAAUGCGUUGGUGCAUGUGGUGUUGAUAGGCAAUCUCUUGGCCUCUCUUCAGAUGCCCUUGUUGAUUCUAAAUUCAUUGCCAAGCUAUGUUCACAUCACUGUUACAACAAUUGCCCCAACAUUAUCGAUCUUUACUCCACUGUCGCUUCUGCUGAAGGAUUAUCUUUGCGAAAAAUGUGCGCAUCUCAGAAAACUCGUCCACGCCGUGGAAUGUCUCAGUCCGCGUCCCUAAGUUCAGGUGCAGCUGCUCCGGUUGUUUCUAGUGGCACUACUGAUGCAAAUCCACUCGGCAGUGAUCCAGUGACUGGUGCAGAUCCUCCUGCCAGCAAUGAUCCAGUGACUGAUGCAGCUUCUCCUGCCAGCAAUGAUCCAGUGACUGAUGCAGCUUCUCCUGCCGGCAAUGAUCCAGUGACUGAUGCAGCUUCUCCUGCCGGCAAUGAUCCAGUGACUGAUGCAGCUGCUCCUACCGGCAAUGAUCCAGUGACUGAUGCAGCUGCUCCUACCGGCAAUGAUCCAGUGACUGAUGCAGAUCCUCCUGCCAGCAAUGAUCCAGUGACUGAUGCAGCUUCUCCUGCCGGCAAUGAUCCAGUGACUGAUGCAGCUUCUCCAUCCGGCAAUGAUCCAGUGACUGACGCAGUUUCUUCUGCCGGCAAUGAUCCAGUGACUGAUGCAGCUGCUCCUACCGGCAAUGAUCCAGUGACUGAUGCAGCUGCUCCUACCGGCAAUGAUCCUGUGACUGAUGCAGAUCCUCCUGCCAGCAAUGAUCCAGUGACUGAUGCAGCUUCUCCUGCCGGCAAUGAUCCAGUGACUGAUGCAGCUUCUCCAUCCGGCAAUGAUCCAGUGACUGACGCAGUUUCUCCUGCCGGCAAUGAUCCAGUUUCUCCUUCUCAAUAUUGA